CUUUAAGAAUGGUCACGUGAGGCGGACGGUCAUGUGACGGGAACAUGGCGGCGCUGCUGCAGUGGAGACGCUUUGUUUUCUUUGACAAGGAGUCGGUGAAGGAGACGGGCGAUGGCGGCGGCGGCGGCGGCACGGAUUUCCGCUUCCCCGGGGACUCCGCCAUCAGCGUGUGCGCCAGCGGCCGGGGCAGCCUGGUGCUGGGGGAUAUCGAAGGUAAUAUCUGGUUCCUGACCCGCACUCUGCUGGUCAACUCGUUCCAGGCCUACAAACUGCGGGUGACGCACCUGUAUCAGCUCAAACAGCACAGCAUCCUGGUGUCAGUGGGCGCAGACGAGCUAGGCAUCAACCCGCUGGUGAAGGUGUGGAACCUGGACAAACGGGACAGCAGCGGGAAUCCACUCUGCACCCGGAUAUUUUCCGCAAUUCCAGGAAACAAACCCACGGAAGUGACAUGUUUGACUGUGCACGAAAAUCUCAACUACAUGGCCAUAGGCUUCACUGACGGCAGUGUGGUGCUCAAGAAAGGCGAUAUCACUCGGGACAGACACAGUAAGACGGAUGUGCUGCCCGAGGAGACCUACCCCAUCACCGGCCUUGGCUUCCAGCAAUCCAGCAAACUCACCCAUCUCUUCGUGGUGACCACACAUAAUGUCAAGUCAUAUAACCUGUCGCAGAAGGAUUUCCCAGCCACGGAACUGAACAGCCAGGGUUGCAGCCUGCGCUGCUCAGCCCUGUGCGAUCCCUCGCAGGACAACCAAUUCAUGGUGGCGGGGGACGAGUGCGUGUACCUGUACCAGCCCGAAGAGCGAGGACCCUGCUUCGCUUUCAACGGCCGGAAGCAAGUUGUGCACUGGUAUCGUGGCUACCUGGUCAUCGUGUCCAAGGAGAAGAAGCCGCCCAAGACGGAUUUCUCUGGCACCAAUGGCCAGGCUGUGGAGAAGCAGCUGCUGACCAUCUACGAUCUGGACAAUAAAUUCAUCGCCUACAGUGCAGUGUUUGAUGACAUCAUUGAUGUGCUGGCAGAGUGGGGGUCCCUCUACGUGCUGACCGGCAACAGAACACUCAGUGUCCUCCAGGAGAAGGAUACCCAGAGCAAGCUGGAGAUGCUGUUUAAGAAGAACCUGUUUGUGAUGGCGAUCAGCCUGGCAAAGAGCCAGCACUUAGACAACGAUGGACUGGCCGAGAUAUUCCGUCAAUAUGGUGACCAUCUGUACAUCAAGGGAGAUCACGACGGUGCAAUACAGCAGUACAUCCGCACCAUUGGGAAGCUGGAACCCUCAUAUGUGAUCCGGAAGUUUCUGGACGCCCAGCGCAUCCACAACCUGACGGCGUACCUGCAGGCGCUGCACUGCCAGUUGCUGGCCAGCGAGGACCACACCACCCUCCUGCUCAACUGCUACACCAAACUAAAAGACAGCUCCAAGCUGGAGGAGUUUAUCAAGAUGAGCGAGCGUGAGGUGCACUUUGACGUGGAGACGGCCAUCAGGGUGCUGCGCCAGGCAGGUUACUACCAGCAUGCGCUCUACCUAGCAGAGAGACAUCUACAUCAUCAGUGGUACCUGAAAAUACAGCUGGAGGACAUCAAGAAUUACCAGGAAGCUCUGCACUACAUCGGGAAGCUGCCCUUUGAGCAGGCCGAGAGCAACAUGAAGAAAUACGGGAAAACCCUGAUGCACCACGCGCCAGACAAGACCACCGAGCUGCUGAAGGUCCUGUGCACCGGUUAUCGACCCAGCAAAGACCCUCAACCUGACACAGAGAGCCAACACGAGGGGAAGGCUAAUUCCGAGGAGUUUAUUCCGAUCUUCGCCAACAACCCUCGGGAGCUGAAGAUGUUCCUGGAGCACAUGAUGGUGGAGCAGCCUGACUCCCCCCAGGCUGUGUACGACACCCUGCUCGAGCUCCGCCUCCAGGAUUGGGCUCACGAGGACGAGACACAGGCCAAGUGGCAGCUGCAGGAGGAAGCCAUGGCACUGCUGAGAGGUGGGCUGUUUAAGGACGUGUUGGACAAGGCCCUGGUGCUGUGUCAGAUGCACAACUUCAAGGACGGAGUGCUGUACCUGUACGAGCAGGGGCGUCUGUACCAGCAGAUCAUGCACUAUCACAUGCAGAACGAGGCCUUCGCCAAAGUGCUGGACACAUGUGAGCAGUACGGGGAGCAGGAGCCCUGCUUGUGGGAGCAGGCGCUCGGAUACUUUGCCCGUAAGGAGGAAGAUUGUAAAGAAUAUAUCAGCCGCGUGCUGCAACACAUCGACACCAACAACCUCAUGCCCCCGCUGCUGGUGGUCCAGACGCUCGCUCACAACUCCACGGCCACGCUCUCCGUCAUCAAGGAUUACCUGAUCAGCAAACUGCAGCAGGAGAGUGAGCAAAUCCGGGAGGACGAGCAGCGAGUGCAGCAAUACCGUGAGGAGACACGCAGACUGCGCCAUGAGAUCCAGGAGCUGAAAACCAGCGCCAAGAUCUUCCAGAAAACCAAGUGCAGCAUCUGCAGCAGUGCCUUGGAGCUGCCGUCUGUGCACUUUCUGUGCUCACACUCCUUCCACCAGCACUGCUUCGAGAGCUACGCCGAGCACGACUCUGAAUGUCCCACCUGCAUGCCGGAGAACCGCAAGGUCACUGACAUGAUCCGGGCCCAGGAGCAGAAGCGAGACCUUCACGACACUUUCCAGCACCAGCUGAAAUACUCGAAGGAUGGAUUUUCCGUGGUGGCGGAUUACUUUGGUCGUGGGGUCUUUAACAAGCUGACUCUGAUCACGGAGCCCCCCACGGGGAGGGGAGCGACAGUCAGCAUCGACACCGGGCUCCAGCGUGACCUCCUCAUACACACUAAGAGGCACGCCUAGCCCCCCGGCUCACCCAGCCCCGCUAAUAUAACGUGGAACUAAACUCUGAGAUAUGACGACGGCAAGCUCAUGGCUACAUGAAUCCCAGAUUUCAGCCUGUCGGAAGCUGCUGGGUGUGUUGCUGGGCUACACACAGGGUUGUUACUGCAGUCACCACCCGGCCAAGAGCAAUGUCUAACGUGUUUUCUCUCCGCCUUCCUCAUCAUACCCAUUGUCGUGUGGCCGAGAGAAUCUGUCUCCUUCCCAAAGGACGUAUGUGGAGGUGGGGGGAUUCCUCUCUUGUCAGACAUUUUAGAUCAAGCCCCCGGUUCAUGUGGAAUAAACCAGAACAGGCAGUUGUUGGGAGCUGCCUGUCCAGACUCAUGAGCAGUCCUGAUCCUGUUCCUGUCCUGUGCACAGUCUCUGUCGCUCCUUGAUCUCCAGCAUUAAUUUCUCCUGUUCUCCCCCUUCUCCUCACCACCCGAUUAUCUUGUGUAACAUGAAUUAUUUUGUAUGUUUUCUUUGUUUGCUUGUGUGCUACCUCAUUCAAUGUCACCAGCCAGUUGUCCCCAUUGCACUCCCUCCCCAACCCGCACUAACUCGGCACCACCAUUCUGUAUCACACUCAGUCCCUGCCUUGUGUGUAGCAACACGUGUGUGUGAUGGAGAGACCACCUUCCCCCACCAGGCCCCUUACCGCUUGCUCUGCCUCACUGCUCUGGAUAGUAAAUAAUCCCUGCUAAUAAAUAAAUAAAAUAAUAAUUUGGUCAA